UUUUAUCCCUUCAAAUUUCUUAUGCUCGUACUGUCAAGAGGGUUCAAUGGGAGCGAGAGUGCCGAAAUAGAACUGCUCUUGGUUUAGCCUUUUCAUAGCUUGAUGCGGAAACGUGAGCAUUGGACUGGUUGGUUUCCUGAUAAAUCCGUGUGCUUUCGGAAUUCUGGCCCUGUUGUGCCGGUGUUUGGGACUUCCCUUGGGUAGAGAGUGUCAGCACCCAUUGAAGAGGUACAGUUAUAAGAUCGGAGCAUGGGAUGGAAUUAGGCGUUGGAGUCUGAGGAGGGGGGAGUAGGGACUAGGGAAGGACAGCAGGGAGAACUAGAGAAGGUGAUCACACGAAAGAAAACGUGGGCUUUAGUCGAAAUACUGAUUUGAACCGGGUCACCGCAUCAGUUGCUUCACCGUACAAGCAUAGAUUGGAAUGGAAGGAACUUAAUGGGGCUGAUUUUAUGGCAUUGGUUGCUUCUCCUUUUCAACUUGGUCUCGCUCUGUUGCAGUUUGAGUUCAGAUGGCCUUGCCCUCCUUGCUCUCUCCAAGAGGCUCAUACUACCUGACAUGAUAAGCUCGAAUUGGAGCUCUUAUGAUUCAACUCCUUGUAGAUGGAAGGGAGUUCAGUGCAAGAUGAACAGUGUGGCUCACCUUAAUCUAUCAUAUUAUGGAGUUUCUGGUUCCAUUGGUCCUGAGAUAGGACGCAUGAAGUACCUUGAACAAAUUAACCUGUCACGUAACAACAUCUCCGGUUUAAUACCUCCUGAAUUGGGAAAUUGUACUCUGCUUACUCUAUUGGAUCUUUCAAAUAACAGCCUUUCUGGUGGAAUUCCGGCAUCCUUCAUGAACCUUAAGAAGCUAUCACAACUCUAUUUAAGUGGCAAUCAGUUGAAUGGGAGUCUUCCAAAAUCCUUGAGCAAUAUGGAAGGACUCAGACUCUUGCAUGUCAGCAGGAAUAGUUUUACAGGUGAUAUCUCUUUUAUAUUCAAGACCUGCAAACUGGAAGAAUUUGCAUUAUCUUCGAAUCAGAUCAGUGGGAAAAUCCCGGAAUGGCUGGGCAAUUGUAGCAGCUUAACCACACUUGGAUUUUACAACAAUAGUCUCUCCGGCAAGAUACCAACCUCAUUAGGUUUAUUGAGAAACCUCUCAAUCCUUGUACUUACUAAGAACUCCUUGACUGGGCCAAUCCCUCCUGAGAUUGGUAACUGUCGGUCGCUGGAGUCGCUGGAGUUGGAUGCAAACCACCUUGAGGGCACUGUUCCAAAACAGCUUGCUAACUUGAGUAGGUUGAAGCGUCUCUUUCUGUUCGAGAAUCACCUUACUGGGGAGUUCCCGCAGGAUAUUUGGGGCAUCCAAAGCCUUGAGAAUGUCCUGCUGUACAGGAACAACUUGUCUGGGUGGCUACCUCCAAUCUUGGCUGAGCUGAAGCACCUACAGUAUGUGAAACUAUUUGAUAAUUUGUUCACUGGAGUCAUACCACCAGGAUUUGGGAUGAGUAGCCCUUUAAUAGAGAUUGACUUCACAAAUAACAUUUUUGUUGGUGGAAUCCCACCAAAUAUUUGUUCAGGGAAUAGAUUGGAGGUUUUGAUCUUGGGGAAUAAUUUUCUCAAUGGUACCAUCCCAUCCAGUGUCGCCAACUGUCCAAGUAUGGUACGAGUUCGUCUCCAGAACAACAGUCUUAUUGGGGUAGUACCGCAAUUCGGACACUGCGCAAAUCUGAACUUCAUAGAUCUCAGUCACAAUUUCUUAAGUGGUCAUAUUCCGGCGAGUCUGGGCAGAUGUGUCAAAAUGGCAUCUCUAGACUGGUCUAAAAACAAGCUAGCUGGUCCAAUACCACCUGAACUUGGACAAUUAGUGAAGUUGGAAAUUCUUGACCUCUCCCACAACUCUUUGAAUGGUUCUGCGCUUAUAACAUUAUGCAGUCUGAAGCAUAUGUCAAAACUGCGGUUGCAGGAGAAUAAAUUCAGUGGUGGCAUUCCAGAUUGCAUCUCGCAAUUAAAUAUGCUGAUUGAGCUGCAACUUGGUGGCAAUGUUCUCGGGGGUAAUCUCCCUUCAUCAGUAGGAUCUUUGGAAAAAUUGAGCAUUGCAUUAAACCUUAGUAGCAAUGGCCUGAUGGGUGACAUUCCAUCCCAAUUAGGCAACUUGGUGGAUCUUGCAAGCUUAGAUUUGUCGUUUAAUAAUCUUUCUGGAGGGCUUGAUUCAUUAAGAAAUCUAGGCUCGUUGUAUGUCUUGAAUCUUUCCUUCAACAGAUUCAGCGGGCCAGUGCCAGAAAAUCUUAUACAGUUUAUGAAUUCCACGCCAAGUCCCUUCAAUGGAAAUUCAGGCCUUUGUGUGUCUUGUGAUAAUGGUGAUUCCUCUUGCAAGGAAGAUAAUGUUUUGAAACUGUGUAGUCCAUUGAGCAAAAGAGGAGUAGUCGGCCGAGUCAAGAUAGCUGUGAUAUGUCUUGGUUCGGCUCUUGUUGGUGCUUUUCUGGUACUUUGUAUUUUCUUGAAAUAUAGAUGUUCGAAGACUAAAGUUGAUGAAGGGUUAACUAAAUUUUUUAGGGAGUCUUCUUCUAAAUUAAUUGAGGUUAUAGAAUCAACUGAAAACUUCGAUGACAAGUACAUCAUUGGCACAGGUGGCCAUGGAACUGUUUACAAGGCUACACUGAGGUCAGGAGAAGUAUAUGCUGUAAAGAAGCUUGUGUCUAGUGCCACCAAAAUUUUGAAUGCAAGCAUGAUAAGGGAGAUGAAUACGCUUGGUCAUAUUAGGCAUAGGAACUUGGUAAAACUAAAGGACUUUUUGUUGAAACGUGAGUAUGGGCUGAUCUUGUAUGAAUUCAUGGAGAAAGGUAGCCUUCAUGAUGUCCUGCAUGGAACUGAACCAGCACCAGUCUUGGAGUGGAGUAUACGAUAUAAUAUAGCUCUGGGUACAGCCCAUGGUUUAGCUUAUCUCCACAAUGACUGUCAACCAGCCAUCAUUCAUCGUGACAUUAAACCAAAAAAUAUAUUGCUGGACAAGGACAUGGUGCCGCAUAUCUCAGACUUUGGUAUUGCAAAGAUUAUUGAUCAGUCCCCUCCUGCUGCACUAACAACUGGAAUCGUUGGCACCAUUGGAUAUAUGGCCCCAGAGAUGGCAUUUUCAACCAGGAGUACGAUCGAAUUCGACGUCUAUAGCUACGGAGUGGUAUUACUUGAACUGAUUACGAGAAAGAUGGCCUUGGAUCCCUCAUUGCCUGAUAACCUGGACCUAGUUAGCUGGGUAUCCUCCACCACGUUGAACGAGGGCAACAUCAUCGAAACCGUGUGCGACCCAGCUCUUAUGCGUGAAGUAUGUGGAACUGCUGAACUGGAGGAAGUACGCGGUGUGCUGUCGUUAGCUCUUAGAUGCAGUGCCAAGGACCCAAGACAGAGGCCUUCUAUGAUGGAUGUUGUGAAAGAGCUGACAAAUGCUAGGCGUGAUGAUGUAUCCCUGUCGAAGCAGGAGAUAUCUGGUUCCAGCAGUUCUCUUCACAACCAAGCAACCUCUUGUUUUGUUCCAGCAGUUCCAGCAAACGGAGACAACGGUGUCAUACAAAGAGGUUCCAGCAGUUCUUAGUGACUGCAGAGGAAGGAAUUUUGGAAGACGAUGCUGGCAGAAAAGAAGAGAUGCUUCAGGUGGCAUCGUAGGUGGCGCAAAGGCACUUCAGCAACUCCUCUGUGUCUUGGCUCGUUGAUGCUCUAUCUACAUGGCUACAUAGUAGUUUUCGUACUCUGUUAGAGUUCAGUAACAGGUGUAAGUCUCCCGAAGAUGCUGAUGCUUUGUGCUAGCAAAGAUAUUGCUCUAUUCCCUCUGUAAAGCUAUCUUCUGCCGAAAUGGGGAUCAGAGCUGUUCCAAGAAAAGAAAAGGCAAGUUUAGUUGCCACUGGUUUUAUUCAAUGGUGACACGUACUUAUGCUUCAGUUUUGAUCCUUCUAGCUUUUGCAAUAAACUCUUCCCGUUGAGGGUCGACAAGACAAAUUUGAGUGGAAUUCCUGCAGCAUUGCUACUGUACUGCUGUCUCGUUUACA